UUUCCUUGAUAAUUGAGUCCAAGAGACUUAAUUUUGGCCUCUUCAGAGGUCGGAGACUCGUUUCUGUCUGUCUCUUCCAUUUCUCUCUAUAACUCUCUCUCUCUCUCCCUCUCUAUCUCAUUUCUAUACAGUGCAAAGUUCGGGUCAAUCAUCAAUGUCCAAAUCCUAGAAGCUUUUUUGAUUUUGCUGUUAUUUUUCGACUCAAUUCUUAAACACAAAAUGCUAAUAGUGCUUGAAUUUCGUAUAGUAGUCAAGGUUCGCUGAUUACCAGAUUUAUUAGGUUCAUAUGAAAUGCUUGUUAGGAACUGUAGUGCAAGCUGUAACUUUCACAUGUUAAUCCGGAUUCAACGGACUUCGCAAUGCAAUUAAUGUCAAAUGAUAGUCGGAAAGAAGAUGUUUCAGAAAGAGAACCCAUUCUCUGUCAGUCUGACAUUUCACUGCAAUCUGAAGAAUCUACAUCUUCAACUGAAAUUACAGCUGUUGGCGAGGAACCUGUUGUAGCUGGAGAGAAUUUACAAAAUCUUAAUGUUGAUGAAACUUGUCAUCUGGUGAAUGUGGACCAACCACAAUGCCGUAUAUGCCUUGAUGUUGGAGGAGAAGACUUGAUUGCACCUUGCCAUUGCAAAGGCACUCAAAAGUAUGUCCAUAGGUCAUGUUUAGAUAACUGGCGGUCUACAAAGGAAGGCUUUGCUUUUUCUCACUGUACAGAGUGCAGGGCUGUGUUCUUAUUACGUGCAAAUGUUCCACCUGAUCGUUGGUGGUUGCGAUUGAAAUUCCAGUUCCUUGUUGCUAGGGAUCAUGCAUUCAUUUUUGUAAUUGUUCAGCUGGUUGUGGCAUUCUUGGGGGUGCUGGUAUACAAGUUUUAUGGGGAGGAACUAAAAGAAAUGUUUGGUUAUGAAGAACAUCCAUAUGCAUUUUACACAAUGGCCGUUUUAUCUAUUGUCUUGGUGGGCUUGCUCUAUGGGUUUUUUUAUAGCAAUAAUAUGUGGACAAAGGAUCAAUGAGCGGCACUAUCAUGUGCUGGGCCAACAAGAGCUGACUAAG